AUGAGAUAUGGGAAGCGGUUGUCACCAAAACUGGUCAGGCGUGUUUUCGUUUUCUUCAUCCUACACAUACUGAACGAAAAGAAGAAGGAGGAGAACCUGCCAAGCCUGACUAGGAAAACAAGCACUCUGCUGAAGGAGGAUGCAAAGCACGUGAGCCGCAGACCAGCGUUCGGCGACGACGAGGUGCGGGUGUGGCUGACAGUUCCGAGCAGCGCGCUUCUCGAGCCGCUGAUGAGCUCAUCAGCGGCGGCGCUCGGAUGCCGCUCAUCCAAGAAGAAGACGGUUCACUUCGCGCUGCCCGGUCGCGUCAUCCGUCCGUUGCAGUGGCGCGACGACGUCAUCUGGGCGCGCGUCGAGCCCAUCAAGGGACGCCGGCACGCGACCUCGACCGGUGGCCACCUGUUCCAGCCUCCCGCGACGGAGUCGUCGCCGACGACGGAGGACAAUCAGUCGUCGUCGAGCGGAGACUCCGUACCGAGCAAGAACGACAGUUCUGAGUUGUCUUCGAUGACCGAGGGCUCUCCGCUGCCUCCACCGUCAGCACGGGGCCAGGACCAGCGGACGGGCGGCAGCGGCGAUGUCCCCGCGGCCCUGGCAUUCGCCCAGCGGCUACAAUGCUCCGAGUGUGUACAAUGCGCCCUCAUGGAGGACGCUGUUCAACGCUUGGAGGCCAGCCGAAGAGAGGCGGGACUGAAGCUGCGAAGCUACGAAGCGCAGAUCCGCUCGCUUCAGCAGGCGAGUUCCCGUGUAUUUUGGCGCAAACAACGCUCGUCAAUUCGGUGGCUGGUCUCCGGCAUCGUCGCCGUUACGUCGGCGGCGCGGGAGAGUGUGGGCGUGCGCACGCGACACAGUUUCUCAACUACGUUGGUUUUAAGCCGGCCGGCCGGCCGGCCUCUCUCGGUUGCGCAGGCGUGCUGCUCGGCGGAGGCGACGCUGCGUGACGAGAAGGCGCUGCACGCCGUGACGCGCCAGGAGCUGGGCCGGGUACUGGACCGGCUCAAGUUUUACACGGGAUCCAGGAUCGCCUCCUCCUCUUCCUCCUCGUCGGCCGCGCUCAAAGAUUACAGGGCGUUGCGGAAUACGACGAACACGUCGCAGACACCCUGCCUCAGUUCAGCACAAUGGAACCGGACGUUCCGGAAGAACAGAGCCGGCAUGAAAGUGUGCGAAUCAAAAUGCCAGCAUAUUAUCAGCAUCCAGCAGACAAGGGGGUCCCACAACUCUGACAUUGGCGUUCAAGUCAACCUCCUCGCGAGGUCAAUAGAUGAUCGGCCGAAGCUGUCUGCAAAGAUGCGGUACGGCAUAGCGGCGGUGUUCCAGGACAAGUCGUCCUGCAAGACGCUACCGGCGAACGCCGGCAGGGGCACGCGAAUCAGCAAGCCCCUGCGCGGCGUGAUUACGGAACGAGAGGCUGCGCUGGGCAUUUUGAGCCGCGAGGUGAAGCUGCUGCAGGAGGAGCGGGACCAUCUGCAGGAACUGCUGCAGCACUCGCUUCAGGGCGUGGUACCGCAGCACGCUGCCCACGUCGCCAAGGGCCUCCAGGAGCAGAUCGAAGCGCUGAAGGCCGAGAAUCAGAGGCUGCUGGACAGCUAUAACGCCGAAAGGGUGAUGAGGAAAAAGUAGUACAACAUGGUCGAAGACAUGAAAGGAAAAAUACGAGUCUACUGUCGUGUGGAA